UAGUACGCACACAGGCGGCUCCUCUGGUUACUGGUUAAGUUUACAGGUUAUUUACUAUACACACGGCCGAAACAUAUUAUUAAAAUAACUAAUAUAAAGUGUAACUAAGACAUUCCUGUGACUACCAAAUUAAUUAAAUUUUUUCAUUUUUAAACAUUAUUUAUCAGUUCGUGUUUCUAUUACUUUAUUUGUUAUUGUUUAUUAUUUAUAUAUGUGUAUUAAAAUCAUCAAUGGAACUAUCUUGCCGCGAUUCUUUUUUUUGAUGAAUUUAAAUAAUGCAUUGGAAUGAUGCCGGCUGCAAGCAAACAAAUUGGUUCAGCUUUAUUUCAGUCUCUUUCUAAUCAAGUUAAUGGACGGACUCAUCAUUCAACAGUGACUGAUGAUCGUUCUUGUUACUUAUACAUUGCAUCAAGUAGAAUUUUAGAUAAAACAAUUGAAUUUGAAAUGUUGGAUCAUAAACCAUCUAUGCUAUCUCAAAUGAAAAAUAGUUGCAUAAUGUUAUUACAAAAUGGUUGCAAUAAAAAAGAUAUUAAAAAAUCAGAACAAAUAAAUGGCGAGAAUAAUAAAGUAUCUCGUUUACCUAAACCAAAAGUUGUACUGUAUCCCCCUGAAUGUGUACAGCUUGGAUGGCAAAAUAAAAAAAUGUCAGUUGGUUCUGGAUUGGAAAAUCCAGGUGUAAUAUGCUACAUCAAUUCUACUUUACAAGCUUUGUUUCACAUUCCUGCAUUUACAAAUUGGUUAAUUAGUGAUGAGCAACAUCAAAAAAAAUGUCAACAGAAAACUGGUUUUCAAAAAGAUUGCAUAGUUUGCAUGGUAUGUGAUACAUUUGUGCUAUCUCAAAAACAUACAGGUUCCAGUUUUAAAGCAUCUAGUAUUACAAGUCGUUUAUCAUUAAUAUGCAAACAUUUGUCGACUUAUCGACAAGAGGAUGCUCAUGAGUUUCUUCGAUAUCUCAUUGAAAGUAUGGAACGAUGUUAUUUGUCAGUAUUAGGAGUAGUAGCAAAAUCAUUGGAUAGUUAUUCUAAAGAAACCACACCUAUCAACCAAAUUUUUGGUGGUUACAUUCGAACUGAAGUCACUUGUGGAAAAUGUAAACACAUUUCAACAACAUUUCAACAUUUUCAAGAUCUCAUACUUGACAUUCGACAAUCUGAUACUGUAAAUGAUGCUUUAGAUAAUUAUUUUGAAAAAGAACCUUUAGAUGAAUCUUACGUUUGUGAGCGAUGCCGAAGACAAGUAGCAGCUGAUAAAAAGUUUUCAAUUGAAAAAGCACCUAAUGUAUUGUGCGUUCAAUUAAAAAGGUAUAGUGUUGGACUGCAUGGUUUUAGUGGUAAUAAAAAUAGUAAAGCUAUACAAAUAAAUGAACGAAUAGAUUUAUCCAAUUAUCAGUUUCACCAACAAAGAUAUCAAAAUGGUGCUCGUCCAUUAAGAUAUCGUUUAGUAUCAAUGGUUAUUCAUUAUGGUUCUAGCUUGAACAGUGGUCAUUACACAGCCCUAGGUUUAACUUCAUCAGGAUCAUAUUAUUAUUUUAAUGAUUCAAGUGUAAGUCAAGCAAAUUUCAAAAAUUACUCUACGAGUCAUGACUCUUAUAUAAUAUUUUAUGAGUUGGAACCUUCAGAAACAACAAGAAUUUCUAGUUUAGAAUUAAAAAAUUCUACUAUUACAUCCUCAAAUGGUCAAAAUUAUAAAUCUCCUCUAUUUUUUUCUAAUAAAACCCAUUGUAAUGGUAUUACUAAAGCAGUAAAUGGAAUAAGCAAUAUCAAGGCUUUUAAUAUUAAAGAGAAAAAACUACAAUUCAAUGAUAAAUGGGAUACACAAAAUAAAAUGUGUCAACAAGGAUAUCAAAAAGAUAAAUUUCAAGCAAAGGAUACAAUUUUUUCAAAUAAUAAAUCUGUAACAGAACCUCUGACUAAAGGUGUUACACAUAAUACAUUAUUUAAUAGCUUAGUACCAUAUAUUGAUUCUGAUAAAGAUGAUAGUGAUGUUGAAAGUAGUUUAUCUAAUGAAGACAUAUCUAGUACAAUAAAAUCAGAAAAAUUAAAAUGUGUAACAGAUCAAAAGGUCUUUGAUAAAAAACCUUUAAUUUCAAAACUCAAAGAUGAGUUAUCUGAUCAAGAUAAUCCAACAAAAAAAUGUUUAGUAUUAAAACCUAAACAGGAGGAUUUGCCUCCAAAUGUUGAACAUAAUGGACUCUUAUCUGUUAGAAAAUGUUUGGUGUUAAAACCAAAAGAUGAUGAUUCAUUGGAUAUUGAAGAAGGCCCUGAACCUGUAAAAAAAUGUUUUGUACUUAUGCCAAAAAAUUAUAAUGAAUCAAAUGAUACUAAAAUAAUUAAUUCAAUUGAUGGAAAAGAAUAUGAAAAAAAAGAUAAACAUAAAGAGAAUGGUUUUAAUGAUUUAAGUAGCCGUAAAUCUAAACCUAAAGUUGAAUAUAAUGGCUUUAAUGGGGUGAAAUCACCAUCUGAUAUUAGUAAAACAAAUGAUAAAAAAAUAUCAAAUGGAAACCAUUCUGGAGAAGAUAAAAUUAGAAACAAAUUAUUGAAUGGAUUUAACUAUAAACAUUCUAAUGGAAUAAAGAACUGGCCAAAGUUUAAUGAAUUUUCAACCAAUAGUUGUAACAGGAAUAGCUUUAAAGAAUCUUUAAAACAUAGAACUCAUCUAGGAUUUGGAGGAGAAGUAAAAACUUGGAAUGGUGAUAAAAGCUAUAUAGAUAAAGAAUCUGAGCAGGAAAAAAUUAAUGGAACAAAACGUUCUUUUGAUGAUGAAUAUAAUGAUGAUUUUGACAAAGGAGUUGUAAAAAAAAAGAAAUUUGAUAAAAAUUAUUAUUCAAAAGAAAAUGGAACAAAUACAUUACAGUUACUACAUAAUCAAUUAAACCAGUUUAAUGGUAAAAUGGGACGCAGUAAAAUAACUUGGAUGAAUCGGUCUAAACAUUAUAGAUCGUUUAAUAAUAACAAUCAUUAUCGCCACAAUGGUGGAUUCAAGAAACCCAGGUAUAAUAAUAAUCGAAGACAUUGGUCAAAACAACGUUAGGUAUAUCAGUAUAAUGCAACAUUUUGUGAUAAAAUCUUGAAAAAAAUGUUGUAUUUAAAAGAAAAUAAGUGUAAAUAUUGUAUUUAUGUUAUACUUAAAUGAAGCUGAAGUGUAAAAAUUAAACAUUUAAUUCAUUUAUAUCUUAACUAGGUUUAUCUAAAAUUUGUAAAUAAAAGAUAACUUAUUUAAUAUUAUUUGACAACUUUAACAAAUUGUACACAGUAACUGUUUUAGUCAAUUAAAUUGUUUUAAAUUUAAAUUAAUGUUUGAUAAAAUAGUUGGUUUUCCAAAUUUUUACCUUUAAAUAUGAAAAAAAAAACUAAAAAUAACCUAACUUAAUAAUGGUUUGUUUUUUAUACUGUAACAUUUAUAUAUUAGAAUCAAUCUAAAAAUUUUACCAAUAACAAAUUCUGAAGUUUAUUUUUCAUUAGACUUUUUAACAUUUUUAUUAUUAAUUAAAUAUUUAUUGAUUACUUUAGAAAAAUGAAAUCAAUAAAUGGCUGAACUCUUUGGAUAAAAUUUAAAGAGCAAAUAUAUUGAUUACUAAAAAAAAGUAUUUCCUCUACUUGUAACUUAAAAACUUUUUUACUGGUAUCAAAAAUCUUAAUUAGGAGAUAUAACUUAAUUAAUAUUUUUAUUUUUCAUUAUUAUUGUCUUUUAUAAUUCUUUUUUUUUUUUAUUAAAAUUCUUAAUAUUUUGUAAUUAAUAAAAUUAUGGUUAUUAAAACUAGAAUGCUCGGAGGAUUUAAAUUUAUAUUUUAAUUUCUAUUACUUUUAACAGAAAAUGGAAUUGAUAAAUUCCUAAACCCAGUCAGUGAACUCUAAUUCAUACUUUUUUUAUAUUCUUUAAUGUAAUUUUUAAGUAUUCAUUAAAAUAAGUACUUCUAAUUAAUGUUUUAAUUCGGGUUUAGCUGUAUUUAAGUUUAAUUAUUAUAUACAAAUGUAUAAGUCUGAAUUUGCUAGAUAAAUUAAAAAUUCAUAUUGAAAAAUAGUUUAAGUAUACUUUAAAACCAUUGCUACUUCUUCAUUUGAGUACUAAAAUUAAAUUUUUAGAGCAUUUACUAUAGUAUGUAACUAUUUAAAUGCUUCAUCAAUAACAAGUAAUUUUUAUGUUUCUAAGUUUGUAGGCACUGAGUGUUGUUGCCUGAGGACUGUUUUGUAUGUAUGUAUUCAAAUUUACACGGUUUGUUCCUAUCACAUCAAAGAGUCCAGGCUUCAUAUAUAUUAUAUUUAUAUCAAAAAAACCAUAUUUAAUAAAGUAAAUAUUAAUGGUAUUUUUUUUUAUUGGUAUUGUAAAAACUGAUUGUUAAUAUAAAUAUAAAUUGCUUGUAAAAAUACA